GAAUCUGGGGAAUUAUAUGUACUGGCUCUCUCGCUGCGGGCUGGCCGCACCUCAAGCAUUGUCACUUGCACGUGAAACGUAGUCCAUACAUCAUCUCGGUUACAAAGUGUAUCUGCAAGUCGAUCACAUCGGGACCAGCCGCAUACGACAUUGAACUCGAAAACAGGAUCCAGCACAGCCAAGCCUAGGACCAGCAUAGCAUACAUCACGGGCGUUCACGCUAAGUAAGCCGCCAAAACGGACGUCCUCCUAGCCUACCGUCUCCUGUAUUCUGAAGACUUCAACGUAAUGUCGUCUUACGGGUCAGCCCACUCUGGGCAGAUGCAUCCAGGCUACCAGCCUCACCUUCAGCAGCAGCGAAUGCGCUCACACUCAAACCCACCAUACCCAACGACGCCAAAUGCAGCACCAUACCCGCAACAGCAGCAAACAAGCUACUUUCCUCCUCCACCGGCAGUGCCGUUCCAACCACCACCACCAACAUCAAACCCCAUCGCCAUUCCACCAUCCAACCGACAACGAUCAACGUCAGACUAUGCCUACGGCCACGGCAGUUCACCCGUGCACCCGCACUCAAGCACAUAUGCAAGUUCUUACCCGACGCAGCACCUGCAACCAAUUCCACAACAGCAGCCUAUUCCAGAGAACUAUCAGUACUCGCCCCAACAGCAGCAAAGUAUAGUAUCAGGUUCGCCAAGCCAGCAGUACCAGCACCACCGCCGCCGUUCUUCGUCUUCCCACUACGGCCACGACCCCCGCCAAAGCUACGAGUCUGCACACUCCUACCAGUCCGCACAUUCGCAGCCCUCGCCGGACUACUACGCAAGGCCUGCACAGAACGGACACGGCACCCAUGGCGACUACUACGGCUACCCAAACGACACCACGGGCCACGCACAGAGCCAGAUUGCCCACGUGCCGCCAAAAGCAUAUGGUGACUGGGACAAGCAGGAAGUUACCAAGUACCACAAGAACCAGGACCUCGAGCGCCGACCAACGCUGGGCGGGAGUUUGAUGAGCCUGGUUAAGAAGUUUGGGGGGUCGGAGCGGCGUUAGAGACUGGCGGUUGUCGACUGGAAGAAUGCAUGGGAUAUGAUGGAUGUGGAGGGAAGACCGUGAAAUGCGAUGGAAUUGGCAUUGCGAGGAGCAUAUUGGCGCUGGACGCCCGGCGUACGGAUUCGAUACCCAUUUUUCUACUUCUGGUGGUAAUGUACAAUACGCGCAUGAUGAUGAUAAUUGUUUAUCCAAGAUACGCCACACGCCAUGUACUGCACUCAAGUACGUCCGAGUUGCCAUCCACGCAACUGCAAUGCAAGAAAAGAAGAAUAAACAACAUUAGCACGCAGCUUUCUUGCUCGUGCAGUUGCGCUGAAGUGGAGGCAUUCGGUUGUAAUUUAGAGGCCUACUGGCUGUGCUCAAGAGCAUUUCAAUCCUCCAAAUGUGCCAAGAAGCAACCCGGAUGUGCCUGGGUACGGUGUUCGUUCCUCGAGUCGCUGCGCCACACCCUGUCACUUUACAACAGAGAACACA